AUGGAGGGAACGACUUCUUGCUCUCCGGAACUGAGUGAUCCCCUUGAAGUUCCGAUGGCACAAAUCGCAUCCUCGUCAACCUCGAAAGAGAAUGUCAUUUCUCUCCUUCAUGAACACACUGCGAGUGAGAGGAGGAACCGGGAAGGAGCAAGAGCUGGCGCGCUCAGGAUCAGACCAUGGCAUGAAGAGGAGAAGCAGGAACAGGGCCGCGGGGAGCAGGAGCAGGAGCAGGAGCAGGAGCAGGAGCAGGAGCAGGAGCAGGAGCAGGAGCAGGAGCAGGAGCAGGAGCAGGAUAGGCUGCGGCGGAAGUAUCGCCAACAGGAUCUGAGGGACGGGGAGGAGGAGGAACAGGUGGAGCGGCCGGAAGCAGAGGAGACGGCUCGUUGCUGGUUGAGGAUACAUGGACAGAGUGAAGACAGACUUGGGCAAGAGCCCUUCUGCUCGGCGAAAUGGAAGCGGCAGCAACGGGGAUGGGAGGAGGAGGAGCACCAGCACCAGCACCAGCACCAGCACCAGCACCAGCACCAGCACCAGCACCAGCACCAGCACCAGCACCAGCACCAGCACCAGCACCAGCACCAGCACCAGCUCUCAGGCAGCAGGAAGGGCGAGGAUGCAAUGUUUGUCGGCAAUGAGAAGCUGAGGAGGAGGAGUGAGAGAUCCGGAAAGGAGGAGGAGGAGAAUGCUGUCGUGAACACAAAGAUGCAAGAUUCAAGUGGGGAGCAGGAGCAGCAGGAGCAGGAGCAGGAGCAGGAACAGGAGCAGGAGCAGGAGCAGGAGCAGGAGCAGGAGCAGGAGCAGGAGCAGGAGCAGGAGCAAGAGCAGGAGCAGGAGGAGCAGGAUGUUUCGAACAUCAUGCAUUCUGGACGAGGGUGGUCCCAACAACAGAAUUCUACAAAUCUUUCCACGGGAGGAGGGAGAGGAUGGGACGAAAGUCGGUGGCAAAGAAAUCGCGGCGGAGAAAGCGGGGAUGGAGCAGGAGCAGGAGCAGGAGCAGGGCAACGGAACGGAGGAGCAGAGCGACUGAGAGGCAGAAGGAAUGAAGGCGGGGGAACACAGGGAGGAGUAGACAGGAAGGGGGGGAAAGAAGGACCCGCAGGACCCGGAGGCAGGAAAGGGAGGACGGAGGAGGAGGAUGAAGGAGCAGGAGGGGCAGAGGAGGCAGGACAGGAAGCAGCAAGUUGUGGAGUAGGAGCUGGAGGAUGGGGCGUACAAGAAGAAGAAAUGAGGAAUGGUCUGACAGGAAGCAGGUUGAAGAGAGGAGGCGGACAAGAUUUGUAUCUGGAAAGUUGUGAAGGAGCAGGAGCAGGAGCAGGAGCAGGAGCAGGAGCAGGAGCAGGAGCAGGAGCAGGAGCAGGAGCAGGAGCAGGAGCAGGAGCAGGAGCAGGAGCAGGAGCAGGAGCAGGAGCAGGAGGAAAUGAAUAUCGAGGAAAAGAAGGAGCAGAAGCAGGGCCGGGAGGAAGAACAGGAGGAGCCGGAGCCGGAGCAAGAGCUGGAACGGGUGCGGGUGCGGGACCGGGAGCAAGGGCGGGAGCGGCAGCGGGAGUUGGAGCUGGAGAUGAUACAGGCGGGAGAAGGAGGGCAGUGGUGAUGUGUAUGGACUGCGGCGGAGAAUUUCGAUUUGCAAGAAGUUGGAAGGAGUGGGAGAAAAUCAGAUGUAUAUUCUGCUCGGAGAUGAUGAAAGACAGGGAGGAAGUGGACGAGGAGGAGUGUUUGAAUGCAAAGAGCGGCUGGUAUGUACCAGGACAAGGACGUCAUGAAAAUGAAAGUGGAGAGCAGCAGAAGCAGCAGCAGCAGCAGCAGCAACUCCAACAAAUUCAGCAAGGCGCAGGAAAGGGAGGAAUUGGUUUACAGCAACAGCAUUGUUCGAUUGUAUCUUCGACGUUUGCGGAUUGCAAACAAGAAGAAAUUGAGGGAGAGAGAGAAGGAAGGGGGAACGAGGAGGAGACCAUGUUGGGCAAUGGAGCUGAGUUGAAGAAGGGGAAGGAGGAGGAGGAGGAGCAGCAGCAGCAGCAGCAGCAGCACAACCACCACCACCAACAACAACAACGGGAGCAGCAGGAGAAGGCAAGUGGUAACGUGAAGGAAAGGGACUGGGGACUGGAGCAGCAGGCCGUACAGGAGGAGGAAGUGAGAGGUCGAAUUCUUCUGCAAGCUGGACUACCUUGUCGGUCGAAUCCAACAGAGCAGGAGGAGCACCAGCACCAGCACCAGCUGGAGUUAGAGGAGGAGCAGGAGCAGGAGCAGGAGCAGGAGCAGGAGCAGGAGCAGGAGCAGGAGCUAGAAGAGCAGAGCUUUCCGCAUCCAGGGCAAGAGACGACUUUCGUCCUCUUCUCCGUUGCAGACUGGAUUCGUCAGCCCAAGUUUUCUCUCCCCGACUUGUCUCUCAGCAAGGGAGUUGUCACUGCCGUCAGGUCCCGCAUCCUUCGACGUCAGCUCGGCCACCCGGCUCUAGAGCCUCUGAGCCACCCAGCUAGCAACUAG